CUCUCUCUCUCUCUCUCUCUUCUGGAGAUGAAUGGCUAAAGAGAACCACUUUUUCUCAUCUCCUCUCUUCUCUCACUGAAACCCUAAUCAUCCAAACCUAUAUAUAUAUAUAUAUAUAUAUAUAUAUAUGUGUGUGUGUGUGUGUAAAUAAGCAACAGUCCCCAACAUAGAUCUCUCUUUUCUGCAACUAUUUCAAUUUCAUCAUUUCUGGAUUGUUUCUUCUCCUCUUUACGCAGAAAUCGCGGAUCAGAGCUAUAAAUUCACGGGUAUUUUCUCAAAUCUCUUUCACAAACUCUCUCUCUCUCUUCUCUUUUACAGCUUUCUCUUCAACGGGUUUUAAUUGUUCAGUAAGCAAAUCUCUCUGCAGCUGCUGUGAAUCUCUCUCAUGAUCAUAUCUCUAUCUAGCUUCCCCUGCAUUAUUCCUUCUUUUUUUCUCUCUCUAUAAAGCUGUCUUUCUCUCUCUAAAGUAGACUUAUAUAUGGAUUCUGGAAACAGUGGGAGUCUACAGUCCUCCAGUGGUGGUGAUGAAGAGUACGAUUCACGCGCCGAAUCAAUCUCAUCCUUCUUGAACUCAACCACCCAUGUUGGCCUCAUACCUAAUCCCCCACCACCAUCUCAACCACCUCACCACCACCACAGCUCCACCACACCCAUGUUUAACCCUCUACAACAAAACUAUUUCGAACCCAUUCCACGACCACCACCAAAUAUCUCAAACCCGAGCUCUCUUCUCAAUCUGGACAUGGUCUGGUUCAAACGCCAGAGAUCUGAGAUCAACUCCAUAUUACCCUCAUCGUCACUCCAACCCUUUUUUGGCUCUGAUCAACAAACACAAUCUCUACAACCACCACCACCACCAGCUUCAUCAUCUGAUCAGAUUCCGACUCAGACUCACACCCGUAACCCAAAGAAACGACCCAGAGCCUCUAGGCGUGCACCAACCACGGUUCUGACCACGGACACCACCAAUUUCCGAACCAUGGUUCAGGAGUUCACGGGCAUCCCUGCACCGCCCUUCGCAUCCUCACUGCCCUUCUCUAGAACCACCACCAGACUUGACCUAGGCCUCUUUGGUACACCUUCCAUUAUUAGAUCCAACCCUAUGGACAACCCUUCACAACCACCCUAUCUUCUUAGGCCAUUUGCUCAAAAAGUAGUACAACCACCACCACCACCACCAUUUGGUUCUUUUUCUCAUACUUCUUUGGUUGAUGCUAAUAAUAAUAUUUCUUCUACUACCACUAACAACAUGAUCACUGCUUCUAAUGUUAACUACCAACUACUACCUCCUCAAAGUGAUCAUCUUCUCAACAUGCAAAACGCAAUUCAUCCAUUUCAUUCCCUCCUUCAAUUCCCAGCUCCUAAAUAUGCACUUCCCAAUUCGACUAAUCUCGGCUUGAAAACUACUCUUGGGUCUUUGGGAAUUUCACCAAAUGAUUCACAUCUCAAAAUGGGUGUUUUGGAUGAUCAUCAAUUUGGCUUGAGCCAUCAUGGGCAUGUCAAUGGAUCAUCACAACUUGGUGGUAGUGGUGUCCGAAAUCUCGGACCUGCCGAAGGAACUGCAACGAGGAACAAUGAUAAUCCAACGAAUUUGAGGUCAGCUGAUGGCAAUGGGAAUUACAAUUACUUGAGGAAUGCAUCGAAUGGAAGAUUAAAUUUCUCGGCUCCUUCGUCCGAUUUUCGUGGCGAGAAGGGAUCGGAAAAUGUUGCUACUAGAGGUGAAGGUAUGGUGGAAUCAUGGAUAUGUUCGUCAGAUUAAGAUUUUUCUUUUGAUCUGACAAACAAAAUGAUCAUAUUGCAGAAAAAAAUGAAGACAAUGAUGGUUUUUUUGAUGGAAUGUGAAAGAGGUUAAUUAGUGUGUUUGCCACCUUAACCAUGACUAGAUUUCACCAUAAUUUUCCAAUAAUGUGUAAAUAGUAGUCCUUUUCUGGUUUUCCAUAUAUAUAUGUUUUUUUGUUUUUAUCAUACAUAUAAUUUUCAAAUAGUACUGAUAUGCUGUUAGUUUGUUUCAUAUGAUUCCAUGUUUUAACUCAUGAGCUCACAUGGGUUUGACCACUGCUA